AUGAAUUCUGAUGAAAAUCAGUUGAAUGAGGAUAUGCCUGAGGAUCAGGUGAAUAAUCUUUCAUCUGAAAGUGAUUCAUCUAGUAAUGACUCAUAUGAUUACGACGAUGAAUAUCAGUUAGCCGAGGAUGAUUUUCAUGACGAUCCCAGGAAUCUGCGGAAUGCUUACCUAGAUAGCUGGAAUGAGGCUUAUUUUGAGGCUUAUAAUGAGCAUAUUGGGGAUAUGGGACAGAAUGCCAUUUUUGAGCAUGCUUACAGUUGUUUUUCGGUCUCGUCUCUUGAUAGGCCAAUUCUGGAAAACGGUGAUAAAAUUAUCAUGCCCGCUUCAGCUCUAGAUCGCCUGACACAUAUGAACAUUGAAUAUCCAAUGUUAUUUGAACUGAAAAAUCCUUCUGCUGAAAGAACUACUCACUGCGGAGUUUUAGAAUUCACAGCUGACGAAGGGAACGUGUACUUACCAGAUUGGAUGAUGGAAGAUAUGCUCUUACAGAAUGGAGACACUAUAUCUCUGAAAAACACAAGUCUUGCCAAAGCAAAGUUUGUGAAGCUGCAGCCUCACACCAAAGAUUUUCUCGAUGUCUCUAAUCCAAAAGCCAUGUUAGAAAUUGCAUUGAGGAGUUACUCGUGUUUAACAACUGGUCGCACUAUAAUGAUUCCAUAUAACAACAAAAAGUAUUACAUUGAUGUGGUUGAAACAAAACCUUCUGAGGCAAUUUCUAUAAUUGAAACAGACUGUGAAGUUGAUUUUGCCCCGCCUCUUGAUUACAAAGAACCUGAGAAGAAUUUGCCAUCUGACUUGUCUGACAAUAAAUCUUCACAAGUUGAAGAAGAGGCAGCAACAAAAACUCCUAGGGUGAUUCCGUUCAGUGGUUUGGGAAGGCGUUUGGAUGGAAAAGCGUCGACACAGUCAGUUGAACCAAGUUCAACUCCAAUUCUAAAGCAGCAACAAACUGAAAAUAAAACCAAGAGUUCCGUUAAUACUUCUGGAAAGCUUGUUUUUGGAUCAAAUGCAAAUGCACCUAAAGUUUCUCGAAAAAAUGAAAGUCACGAGUCACCUAAGAAAACAGACACCCCAGAAUUCCAAGCUUUCACAGGAAAGAAGUAUUCAUUAAGAGAUUGA